AUGGGAUUUGACGGGGAGAUCUUGAAGUUUAAUGUUUACGACGCUAUUAGUCACCCAAGUGAAAUCUUGAACAAAAACCGUGUCAACAUAAUUGGCUCAUUAGUAGAAGAAACUUAUGAGUCUACUUAUGAAAAUAAACCUGAAAUGAUAUUUGAUGAUUUUGAAUCUGGAUCUAAAGUGAUUAGUUUUUCUGACCAUGUAGCUUUUAGGUACUUGAUCGCAAAGAAGGAAGUGAAACCAAGGCUCAUUAGAUGGAUUUUAUUGCUCCAAGAAUUUGACAUCGAGAUUCGAGACAAAAAGGGAUGCGAAAACUUGGUGGCUGACUACUUGAGUAGGUUAGAAACACCUUAUAAUGACAUUCCUAUAAAGGAUGAGUUCCUUGAUGAAAGCCUAUUUUUGACCGAGGCACAUUUCCCAUGGUAUGUGGAUAUGGUAAAUCUCCUAGCCACUGGUUCAUUGCCCACUAGGUUAGCAUGUUUCGUGAAGGACAAGCUUAGACGGGAGGCUCGAUAUUACAUUUGGGAUGACCCAUACUUGUGGAAACACUAUUCAGACCAGAUAAUAAGACUGUGUGUUCUAGAAACCGAGGUAGCUUCUAUCCUACAGAAGCUUGUGGAGGUCACUUUGGCCCUAAAUGGACUGCUCAUAAGAUGGCUAGAACUAUUAAAGGACUAUGAUUUGAUCAUUGAGUAUCAACCUGGAAAAGCAAACGUUGUGGCAGAUGCUUUGAACAGAAAGACUGUGGCGGCCUUCUUGUCCGUUCGAGCUAAGGUGACCAUGUCCGAUGAUGGAACUUUAUUGGGAGAGCUAGUUAUGAAACCAACCUAA